UAGUUUUGGUUUCGUGUUUAUAGUUUUCAAUAUAAAGUGUUACAGGUGUUAAAAAAUAAACUUCUGGUUCACAAUGUGAAAUAUAGACUACAGACUCAACACUGAACAGACUGAUCUCUCCACUUGGACGUCUUGUGUUCCGGCGGCGCGGUUUUACGCAUAGCUUCUCCGCGCGUGUCCUCUGAUGAGAUCAUCAUCAUACCUCCCGUCGUGAUUAUGUCAUCGGCACGGACUUUAUUUUGACAUUUAAAUGCUUUCGGAAAGUCUUAAGUUCCUUGAGUUCUUGACUGCAUCCACGCAUCAGAGAUACAGGUAGCUGGUGAUUUUACUACAACAGUUGAAAUCUGAAGUUGAAUGAUGAUACUCUCUGAAGCGGGAUUUGUUUUGUGGAUGUGUGCAGCCAGCAGGAUCCUGUCCGCAGCAUUACCAUCAACACUGUCGAUCAUAAAGUGUGAGAUCCUGGAGUACACCAGUAUUACAUGUUACUGGGAAACAACUAACCAAGCAGUUGACCACAGCAGCUACAGACUUCAAGUUAACAAAGCCGAUUGUGAUAGUAAAGAAAGCUUCUUCUCAGAGGGCCUGUGUGACACCAGAGGAUCUCAUUGCUCCAUACAGCCGAUUAACUCUCAUUUCCACUGUUUCUGUGCGGAUGUGCUGGCGAACACAAGCGAUGGAUCCAUACGGUCACCACACUUCUGUUUCAAUGGCAUCAAUCAAGUCAAGCUUCAUCCUCCAGCAAUAACGUAUCUCGACCCAGUGGCAGGGCGACCCGACUGUUUGCAGAUGGGCUGGAAAAUGCGUUACACUCUCCCUGAAUAUGAGAAAUCCUUAAGAUGGCUCCAAGUGGAGUAUACAACACAUGAGCAGACUCGAUCACAAACUUUUCAAGCAUAUGCCAAGGACAGAAUAGAGCUAUGUCAUUUAUACCCGGGGUCCAGAUACACAGUGAAGCUGAGAGCUCAGGACAGUCGAGCGCCCACUCACUGGAGCUCAUGGACGUCCAAAGACAACAAGACUUUGGAAAAAGCCCCAUCUGAUGCUCCUCGACUGUGGAGACACAUAAGACCAGCAGAAGAAACAAGAAAGAGACAUCUUACCCUGCUUUGGAAGCCUCUCUCCUGGCCUGAAGCGAAUGGUGUCGUGCUCAGUUACACAGCAUCAUGUCGCAGUGAUGUGGAUUCAUCGCAGUGGACCUGCGGUACCCUGGAUGCCUCCAUAACCUCCUGUGACCUCACUGUGUCUCUGGAUGCCUGUAACUGCAGCCUGACAGCUGCUAACUCAGCUGGGACUUCACCCCCAUCCUAUAUCUUUAUACCAGGACAGAUGGAUGAAAAACUUCCAGCUCCUACAAGUAUCAGCAUCAUCUCAUUGGAUGAUACCCGACUAAAGCUGGAAUGGACAACCGCACCGAACCAAUCAGAGACCGGCUUUGUGGUGCAGUGGAUUUAUAUACUUCCCAAUGAAACGACCGGUCUGCACUGGCAACACUUGAAUGAAACAUCGAGAAGUUUUAUUCUCACAGGUCUGCUGCCGGAAGUCCCAUAUAAUCUGUCAGUCACGAGUCUAUACGAGGGAAUAGCAGGAGGUGACACAUCUCUCAUUGCUUUCACACGAGAAGGAGCGCCCUCUGUUGGCCCACAGCUGACAGUGCUCAAGACCAGUGCCAAAACUAUUCAUCUACAAUGGGAUCCUGUGCCUAUAGAGAAACUACAUGGCUUCAUCAAAAAGUACUCCAUUCUGUACAGCAUUAAUGGCAAAGACAAAAGAGAACAGGUAGAGGGCGAUGUUGAGCAGAUCUAUCUGAAUGGUUUAAUGGAAGGAACCUACAACAUCUGUGUAAUGGCUCAUACUGUAGCAGGGGGCGCCGCUGGGCCGUGGCAGAUAGUGGCUUUGGGGUAUGAUGAUGUACAGAUCACCCCAAUACUGAUGUGUGCGCUUCUACUGAUCUUUAUCAUUCUUAUACUCCCUGUGUGCAUGAGGGUGAGGAUUAAACGGUGCUUGUAUCCGACCAUCCCAGACCCAUCUAAAAGCACCAUGUCUGCUUGGUCCAACUGUAAACCAGGUCAGAACACCCUAGCACCUUCAUCCACAUUGAGCUCUUUCUUCUCCAACCGGCAAACUACACGUUACAGCGGCUACGGUGAGAAAGACUACAGCCCAGUUCAAGUGCUGAGUCCCCAAGCUGUUAAACGUACAACUGACAACAUGGCUCAACCCAACAUUUGCAACUACACAUCGAUUAUUAAAACGACCGAGGAACCAAAUUUAACCAAACCAAAUCUCCAAGUGGAUUUCAUUAACCGGAGCUACAUAAGAACAGACAAAAUCAUGUCUGAAUGUUGUCAAGAUGGCUGUCAAUCAUCGAAUGAACCGUUUCUACAUACGGUGUUUAGCUACCAAAGCGUUCCAACGGCACAGAAAGAAUUCUGUGAUUACAUCCACGUGUCCCACAGCUCCCUGUCUGGCGUUACAAUCGUGGAUUCAUACAGGACUCUUGAUUCUGAUGAGUGUCCACGCGUUUUCCAGGGUUUACCGGAGGACCAUGGCACGUAGUUCAUCUACAUCAUUAAUGUAGCAACAGAACAGUGCAUACUUGACCCAAUGGUAAAAGAUUAUAUCAGAUAUGAUGUUCCUUUUGACCCUGAUCUUUACAAUCUCACGAUUAAGGCCUGCCAAAACAAUAAACUCUCCAAAUGCUGGAUAGAUUUUGGCUAACAAGCUUGAGUUGCAUGAGAAACAAAAUGUGCAGGGAAACCAAGAAUGAGGUCUGUCAUCAAUAUUUCAAAUCCAACACAAAAGUAUAGCCUACUCUGCAAACUGUUUAGUAGAUGUGCACCGCAAGCUUUGUUGAUUAUAAUAGGAGCGAUUUAUGACUUCUUUGAGUGUGUUGGUCCGCUCGGCGAUAAAGACAUCGGUCAUGGGCAUUGAUGGUGCAGUUUGGUGGCAGUGUGCACCUGGGUGUAGCCGGCACGUUAAACAUGAGGGGGACAAUGACAUGUUUAUGUAUAUAGUAAAGCUAUAGUAAACCGUCACAUAUGAGACCCAACAAAUACUUCAUACAGUGGUUUACCAGUAAAAUUUAGGACCAACAAUUAUUCAGACACUUUGACCUGUUAGGUGUUUUUUCUUUACAACCCCAAAUAAGAAAAAGUUGGGACUUUUAAAUUUUUCUGGCCUCUUAUUGCUACCUGUCCCAACUUAUUUGGAAUGUGUACACUGAAAAAAUUAUUCAUUCAAUUUACUCAAUUUUUUAAGGUAAGUGG